UUUUCUUUGCUGCCAGGCUGUUCUCUUAUAUAGUAUAUUACACUGCUAAGCACACAAACAUAUACGCGCACAUACACACCUGUACACAAAUCGAGCGGGCAAAAUGUUGGAGCACGCGCGCGCAAAACUCGAACUAAAGCAAAACGAAUCGAAAAGUGCUUCAAAAUCCACGUGAAACGGUGCAAAAGCAAUUGGGAAAAAAAGAUUUCAAAUCGAAUCAAAUUGUGGCGAAAUUAAAGUGGAGUUUUCUUUCUUCCUGGAGGAAAAAUCAAUGCUGUUAAACGUAAACUGACGACGCGCAGAUACACACGCACACGAAUCGCACACGUGUGUCUCCAGCACAAACACUACGAGACACACACAACCACACGGACAAUCGGCGAAAGCCUAACAAAGUGAAAGUAACGGAAUUAGCCACCGAAAAGGCGAGGGAGGGAACGCAACCAAAGUGCAUAGGAACGCGGCAAAGGAGCUGAAAUAAAUCCUCGUACAUUUUGCAUUGCCUACUUUCCAGCUGAGGGAACCACAUUCUUGGACUGAAUUCCUCUGCUGCUGCUGAUGGCCGAGUCCUCUGCGCUAGUGAGUGACUGAGACUGUGUGUGCGUGCUUCUUUGGCUGUUUCCAAAAGUCGGUCAUACUAAAAAAAACACAAACAGUGAAGGGGGGGCGGAACUAAAGAGAAGAAGGGCAAAGGCAUGCAACGUAAACAGGCGGCCAAAGCAGCCGCCGACGAUGUAGCUCCAGCAGCAGCAGCAGGAGCAGCAGGAGCAGCAGUGGCAGUGCCAGCCUGAACAAAGAUAAACACGCAAAACAAAGCAAAGUGGGUCAGUGUGCGAGGAGGAGGAGGAGGAGGAGGCGUUGCAACACCAGCAGCAUCUUGAGGAGGCAUCGACAUGUGUCGAUGGACAAACAGCAGUACGCGGCACACCACACUCGAAGGCUCAAAGGCAGACAGCUCAAAAGGUUGACUUGAAGCUCUUGGAAUACGCUAUUUUUUGGAGAACAGACAAUGGCGUCCAGCAACAAAAGCAACAAAAGCAACAAAAGCAACAAAAGAUACAAAAGCACAGCCGGGAGAAACUUUGGCUGCAGCUGCCUUUGCAGCAGAAACACAAAAGUUGGCGAAGAAGUUGCCAGAAUCGACGCCGGAUCGAACCAAGGACAACAGCAACAACAACAAAUCUAAUUACGGAACAACAAUAAGGUCAAACCUGGAUGUUGUCCAAGGGAUGUUAAAGUUGAUGAUGGCGGCGAUGGGACCGCUCCCCUUUGUGCGUCCUGACGGAAAUGAGGCCCUAUGUGUCGCCCAGUCAAUGCCCGCUUCGGUGACCGAGUGAGCGAGUAACGGCGAAACUCCGAUUACACAUUCUCCGGCAAUCUGCUGGAAUUUAAUUAAAGAGCAAAACAAGCCAGAACACGAGCUAGCGAGAGAGAGUCCGAGAGGAGAAGAGUCCAAGUAGGGCGAUAGCCCAAGAGGCGUGGCGGCGGGUGGGCCAUAAAUCCAUGCCCCCAUCCUUGCUGCAUGCUGCUUGUCCGCUGCAAUUGAGUGGAGCGCCGGCACUGGCCAAUUAGUUGCUGCAGUUACAGCCAAGAGCGGCUAUCAUUUGGGCUCCAUUGAACGUACUCCCGGUACACCGCUGCCUCACUGAUGACUGCGGCCAAAAGACGUGCGGGCAGCAGCAGCAACGAGCAGCAAUCCCUUCAGCAGCAGCAGCAGCAGCAGCAUCUGCCACGGCAGGAUGGGCAUCAGCAGGGGCAGGGCCACCACGAGUACCAGCAGUUGCUGCAGCAUCCCCACCACCAUCAGCACUACGGCGUCGGGGGUGGCAACCACCUACAGCAAUACCACCAGAGACAGCAUCCGCAGCAGCACCAGCAGCAGCAGCAGCAGAACUCGCAUCCACAGCAUCAGCAUCCUCAUCAGCACACGAAUCCUCACCAGGCGACACUGCGCGAUUGCUCCGUCAAAUUGCCGCUGGACAUCCUAUGGCUACCGAAAUCGGCGAUGCGACCGGCGGGACCUGAUGCCUCGCACACGGACUGCAUCCUGGUGGUGGGCGUCUCCCGUCCAAAGCUGGCCGUCGUCUUCCUCACGGUCAUGCUGAUCUCGCUGUUCCUAACAUUCCACGUGCUCUACGACAGUGCCGUGUACAAUAUCCAAGCCGCUCAGGCAGUGCACGAAAGGCAUCGCCUCUCGCUGGCAGCCUCCGCCUCCGCAUCAGCCCUGUCCGGAUCUUCAGCUGCAAGUGGUUCCUCUUCCUCCUUCUCCUCCUUCUCAUCGUCAUCCAAUCAUUUGCCUGCUUUUGUGAAGCCAGUGCCCAACGCGAAUCAGCUUAGCCAUCCCAUGGUCUUUCCCUCCAGUCGGGUGCACUUUCCCAAAACGAGUCGGCGUCUGCCGCAGGCCCUCAUAAUUGGUGUGCGAAAGUGCGGGACGAGGGCUCUGCUGGAGAUGCUGUAUCUGCAUCCGCGCAUCCAGAAGGCCGGCGGCGAGGUGCACUUCUUCGAUCGGGACGAGAACUAUCUGAAGGGCCUGGAGUGGUAUCGCAAGAAGAUGCCGCACUCCUUCCGAGGACAGAUAACCAUCGAGAAGAGUCCCAGUUACUUUGUGUCGCCAGAGGUGCCGGAACGAGUGCGGGCCAUGAACGCGAGCAUCAAGCUGCUGCUGAUUGUCCGCGAGCCAGUGACCAGGGCCAUCUCGGACUACACCCAGCUGCGCAGCCAUGCGGCCACUGCCAUCCUGCCGCUGGCCGAACGGGAGAGCUCCGGCAGUGGCGCCUCCGCGGCAGCCGCCCAGCCUCCCAAGAUGCCAUCACAGUCGCUGCUGUAUGCUAAGCUGCAGGCGGCCCAUGGCUAUGACAAUGCCCUGGUCGGUGGCAGUGGGGCGGGCGCCAAGGAGACAAAGACAAAGUUAAGCGUCGCGGGCAGGCGGCCGGCAGGAGCUGGAGUUGGAGUUGGAGCUGGCGGAACGAUAACCACGACAACACCAUCGCCGAUGGCAAGUGCCGCCCAACUGGCAGCCAAGUCCUUUGAGGAGCUGGCCAUAUUUCCCAAUGGCACCGUUAACGAGGCUUAUCGACCGCUCAGCAUAUCCAUGUACCAUGUCCAUCUGCACCGCUGGCUGGAAGUCUUUCCGCGCGAACAGCUGCUGGUGGUCAACGGGGAUCGCCUCAUCGAGGACCCGGUCUCCCAGCUGAGGCGCAUCGAGGCGUUCUUGGGCAUUGAGCAUCGUGUGAAGAGCGAGCACUUCUACUUUAACGAGACCAAGGGAUUCUACUGCCUGCGCUACGACAAUGGAGAUCGCUGCCUGCGCGAGACCAAGGGCCGAAAGCAUCCGCAUGUGGACCCGGUGGUGGUCUCCAGGCUGCGCAGAUUCUUUGCCGAAUACAACCAACGCUUCUAUGAGCUGGUGGGCGAGGAUCUCGGCUGGCCCGAGGAGUAGGCGCUGAAGAAUUCCUAACUGAGAAACAUGGACUGAGGGACUCCACCUUUGAGUGCAGUGCGAAGUGCAUCAUCACCAUCCCAUCCCAUCAAAUAAAUCGGCCAGCCAGCGGUCAAUCCUUUGGACCUCUGGUACAGCAAUUUUAAUUACCGGGGAGCAGAAGCGGCAGCGGCAUCAGGAAAAAGAGGAGGCAAAGUUUACCCGUUGUAUAUUUUGCGGAGUUUCGCGAAACAUUUCUGCCUGGCCGGGUCCGCACUUGCGGAGCCUAGCAUGCAGCCAUCAAGCGACCCAGCCACCCAGCCACACACCCAUCCAAGUGCUCUGACAGUUCAAUUAUGCGCGCGUAUUGAAAAAUUGCAUUCCCAUUUCCCGUAACCCACCAGCUACCGUCCCGCCCUGCCUCCCCAUCGGCCCCACGCAUGCAAAUUUGCCUUCGCACUAUAGAAAGGAAAUGAGAAAAAGAACAAGAAGGGAAAAAACACUGGAAAUAUAGUGUACUGUACGCAUUUCGAUGUGCAGCAGGCCAUGAAAAUGUGAAUGGUGCAACUACUCGUAUAUAGUCCCUCAGAAUCACAUAUCUGAAGCCCAUAUACACAGCGUCUAUAUAGCGAAAUAAAAGCAAUAUCUACAUACUAUACAUGAUGUUCGAAGGUUACACGUUUUGUACGUCCGUUUAUGUGUGGAGUGGAUGAGUGCCAGCACCUCUCUCUCUGCCACAUGCGAGUGUGAGUGUGUGUGUACGAGUGUCUGAGAGCAUAAAAAUUAAUUAAGCAACUAAAUGUGAUUUUAUAGCAUAUAAGCAUAGACAAAUUGAAAAUGAUUGCAACCGAAAGAGAACGAGAAAGAGAGGGAGAGAGAGGGUAGAGGCAAUUUGAGAGAUGAGGUGAGACAAGCAGCCAGUGGAGGUAGGAAGGCCCCACUUUGAGGAAAUUAAAAAUGUAUUUAGACUAACAGUCGGCUGAAUUAAAUGUGUGCAUAUGGAAACAACCACAAACCCAAACAUAUCAUCUAUAUAUCUAUGUAUAUAGAGUACAGUACUAUAUACAUAUAGUAUGCUCGACAGGUAGACAGACAUAUUAUACAUAAUGCCAUUUCUACGUCAUGAUACAUAUCGGUAGCUAAACCAACCAUGAAAUCGAAACAUAUCAGCUGCAAUCGUCAGCGCAAAUAUACACAACAAAUAUACAUAUAUACAGAUAUAUUAUUAUAUACAUACAUACAUUGUAUCCUAGCCUGUAAGUUGAGCAUCAAUUUUAUUGUAAAUGAUUUAGAUUUUGACCUAGUUCUUAGCGUGCGAUGUGUCAUUGGAAUCGUCUUAGACAAACUUUUAGCAGAAUACAUACAUACCUAUGCCCUUAUCCUAGAUUAAUGAUGCACUGCCUAAACCAAAAACCAAAGGAAAAAAGUAUAGAGAUAUCUUUACAGAUGAGUAAACUGCACCCACAUAGUGCGUAAGUUUAUUACAGAUAGUUUUUUAAUGCAUUUUUAGCCAGAUUAUUUUGUAUUCCUAACGAGCGAACUCUGCCUAUAGAUAAUCUUAUAAUAUACACAUACA